AAACACGAGUCGACAAUUUGUCUUAAUCAGCAUAAAUUAGUUGUUUGAACCUCAGCAAGUACACUUUAUACCCAACUUUAUACUUCAGUUUGCUUCACUUACUCAGUGUAACUUUGCUCAUGUGAGCUGUUCACUACAUUCACAGCUUUGACCAUAUAAACCUUUAGUUUAGUUAGCUGUAACAUAGCUAGGGAAGGAGAGAUGGCCAAAGGAAAAGCCAAGAACAACAACAGCUUAUCUCCACCCCAGCCUCGGUCACUCAGGUCGAGGAAGAGGGAAUGUCCAAGUGAUGAAAUCCCUGAGACUGAUGAUGUCCAGGCUACUCUCCAUCAUCAGGACACUGAAGGGAUUAAUAAAGCAGCAGAUGAUGCACUGCUACAGUGCCCCCAGGCUCCUCUGCAGGAAUCCACUGUGAUUACAGCUCAACCCCAUCAGUCUUGUCUCACCAAACAAGAACCUGUCACAGAAGAAAAACAUGCAGAGGCAACAAAUGAAGUGACGGUUAAAGCUGUUGAAGUGCAAGAAGAGACAGUUCCCAACUCUGAGCAUCAGCUGAAGGGCUUUAGAGUGCAUUCUCAUAACCAUGUCAACAAGAGUGGAGAGGACAUGGAGGAAACUGCUGAGGAGUGUAACAGAUCACCAUCUCUAACAUGCACUGAUCAACUCCAGGUCUUCUUGCCAACCUGUGAAAAGGAGGAUGGAUCCUACACAACUGCUUUGGGGGAGCAACCUGCUGCAAAGGAAAGCUCUCAGUGUCAUUUGAAGAGAAACCAAGAAACGAGCCAUGAAGCGCACAGCAAUGCGUUUGUGGUUGAUGACAAGGAAAUCACAAAGGAGGCAGCAGCGGGCUUACCAGCCAAAAAGAAGAGAAGGAUGGGUAUGUGUGGUCUGACGGAGAAGGAGCGGACUCACUUUCUGCAGACACAAAAGCGUGAAAACGGGCAGAGCGGACCAGAGAGAGUCGAGAAGCAGAUUUGUAAGGACACAGCUGACCUUACAACUCAGGAAGAGAUGAUCAGAUCUUCACCCCCCUUACCCUCCUCACUACCCAUCCCAGGAGGCAGCGUCACAGAGCAGACAGAUAUAAAGCUUCAGUCCAGCCACAGUGGAGGGGACGACAGGGCAGUAAGUGAAGUCCGCCCUGCUGUCAUGGUCUCAGCUGGGACCAGUACUGUGAGUGAUCCAGGCUGCUCAGAGGAUAAGAGUGAAGAAGGCAUACUAACUGGUCCAGAACAAACUGGUGACACAAAGUCAGAUCUACCUGCCGAGGAGAGAGAAGAGAAGGAGCAGCAGGAACUAGAGGAACGUGCAGCUAAAAUUAUGGAUAAAAAACCUGAGGACCAAAUAAAACAAGGGGAAGAUGGGUCAGCAGUAGUAGACCAAAGUCCAACACAAAAUGUGGACCUGGAAGCUGCCCCUCUGCAGGUGAAUAGUGCGACCAGGGCAACAAAUGAGAAGAAGGAAGAGUUGACUGAUGAUGCUGGAGCAGGUGCUUCAUCCCUAGACACAGGAGGAGGCUUUAACGGUGGCUCUGUGGAGCUCUGCGAGGCCUCGCUGACACCCAGUGGCACAGAGAGGAAUGACAGUUGUGAUGCUCAUGAUGAACCUGGUGAUGGCCCUUCUCCUCUGAACGCUGACCUGUUUGGAUCUGGGUACUUGGAUUUUGUGUCAGACUCACAGCUGAACACCAUCGCUCUGACUGAGGAGGAGGACGAUCUAGGAUCUGCAGACUGUUAUGAAGCCACAGACCUGAUGUGUGGACUCAUCACUGAACUCUCCUCUCUGAAUCGAAAGGUCAUGGCCACUCAUAGAGAGCUGGAGAUCCUGCGCCGCAGCAGUAAAAGUUCAAGGAGCUCCAUACGUUGAGGAUUUGUCCCUGUCACUCUUAAGUCUUACUGUUUCCCCAAUGGUUUGUGGGUAAAAGGCAUUUGUGCCAUUACAGAAACGUUUAAAUACUUUGUGAUAAAUGUACCUUCACUCUUCUUUUGUCAGCGACAGCUGGAACGUUCAGUUCGGCUCGGUUCUUCCUAAAUAAAACUGGUUGAUGUUGAAGUCAGUAAUCUGAGUAUUGUUCUCUAAGUAUCACCAAUUCACACACUCAAUUCGCUUGCUUAAAUUCUCUGAAAGAAUACACAGAUUUGUCAGUUUAGACAUUUAUAAUUUCUGGCAUAGAAUAUUCACACACAAAAUUUCACACAAAUUUUUUCAACAAAGUUUGAAGAGCUUAAACGGCAUUUUGGAAGAGCCACAAGCACAAUAUUCAAAAUAAAAUAACAUGCCUCAAAAACAGGUAUUUACAGGCCAGAACAAGAACAAGUCACUCAUAUAUUAAAAAAUUUAAAAUACUGACAUGACACAGUCACAUGAUGUUGACUGUAGUAAAGUUAUUGCUGAUGGCUGUAUGUCUUAUAAAGGUUUGAUAGUGUUCUAAUCCUUCAAUGCAUGUACAGGAGAUAUGAAACUGGACAUUUUUAAAAUAUGUGAAACUAACAUUUUCCUUUGGAACAUAUAU